CGAUCCAUGAUUGUGUGAUUUCGCAUUUGUCACAAUUUAAUCUCAUUAAAUUUUUUAAUUAUAUUAUGAGUGAAAUAUAAUACAAAAAGCGGACAGCCAACUUUAAGCUAGAUUAAUUUUAUUUUGCCUUUUAAAAUCAAAAUUAAUUUUCGAUACAGAGAAGAGAAUAGGUUAGUCUAGCCACGUUGAUGUAACCGGUUCUCUGCUGUAUCAUGUGCAUAUGCGAUAUUUUAAUGAAUUGAACAAAUAUCUGAAUAAAAAAUGUAAUGAAAACUAAUAAAUAUACCACCGUCUCCAUUCUUAAUGCGUGAAACGUUAUAAAUACAACACAAUGUCGGAUAAAAUGGUAUUUGUUACGGUUGGCACAACAAAAUUUGACAAUCUGAUAACUACAAUAUUAAGUCGCGCUGUUUUAAAGGCUCUAUCAGCGCGGAAUUACAAACAUCUAAUUUUGCAAAUUGGUAAUAGCAGUUUAGAGAUAGAUUGCACUGCACGUUGUGGUUUCAACAAAAUAGAAACCUUUAAAUUAAGUCCAUCCAUCGGAGAGUACAUACAAUCGGCAGAUCUUGUGAUAAGUCAUGCAGGUGCGGGAAGUGUGCUAGAGGCUUUGGAAAAACGUAAACAUCUAAUUGUAGUGAUAAAUGAUCUCCUCAUGGACAAUCAUCAAGUAGAACUAGCUGAGCAACUGUAUAAGGAUGAGCAUUUAUAUUACUGCACUUGUCAAAAUUUAUUACACAUCAUAGAAACAAUGGACUUGAUGAAAUUGAAGCCAUUUGUUAAUGAUAAAAGUGCAAACAUUGCUAAUUUUAUCGAUAAAGUAAUGGGAUUUAGGUGAGAAUGUUGAAGUAGUUUUGUCUCUGACAAAACAUGGAAAGAUAAUUAUACAAGUUACAAGUAGUUGUGGGAACAAGCAGAAAUAUUUAUAUAUAUAUUUAAAUUUUUAACAUGUUUACAGUAAGAAUACAUAUUCCAUAGAAUUUAAGUUCAUUACUGUAAUAUAUUAUGCUUGAUAUAAUUACAAUAGAAUAUUUAAAUAACCAUUCUUCAAAACUAUGUUUCCACAUUAUAGAAAAAUUUAUAACUUUGCAUCAGUUAAAACCGUGACAGAUCAAUGGCAGUUAACGUUUCGUUAGAUAAUUUAUAAAUUAUAAUUGUGGAUAUCUGUCACUGUCAACGCAACAGUUAAUUCUGUAAAAGUAUUAUAAAUGGCGUUUGCUGUUAAACAAAUUCAGUUCUUCAAAAAAAAAUAUCAAUUAUAUCUUCAUGUAUCAACUAUAAUCUUUAGCAAAUAAUAGCGCUGUUCUAUGGAGCGAUAAGAACAAUUGAUAUAUUAUUAAUAAAUGAAAUAAAUUCCA